ACCCCACAGUUGGGGUUCUCUCCUAUCUCCUGUAAUCCUUUCCGUUCCCAAGUUUUGGCGAACGAAUAGUCAUACAAGCGAACCCAAUCUCUCUCUCUCUCUCUCUCUCUCUCUCUCUCUCUAUAGGUAUCUCUCCGAGUAUAUACGCCAAUGGAGCCUGCAAAACCCUAAUUUGAGGCCGCCGCCUUUACCUCUCCAACAUCACAGAGUCUCUCCCACACGACAACGGACAACCUGUAAGUAAUUCGUAUAGUUACAUAUAUACAUCCAUGCAGUCCUGACAAUUAGUGGUUAAUCGUCGCGAUUAUUGAUUUCGUGGCGUACUGCGUCUAAUGAUCAGUUUCCUCUAAAUUGUCAAUAUACAGAGUAAUUUGAAUUAGGUGACGUAUUGUGUUACUGAGAAACGGGGCUGAAAAGGGGAUAAUUUCGGCCUGUGCCGUUUGCUGGUGUUUUGGUUUAGAAGAGAAUGGAGGGCUGAGUUGUGUACUCGGUUGAAUUAUUGGAUGGCUAAUAUUCAAUGUCGUGAAGAAUCGAUUUCGCUUGUAAUUUUAUUUGGUUGGGUAUUUUGAGUUCGUGGAAAAGGUUUGGUUUUCAAUGCAAUGAACUCAUGAAGUUGUCUAUAACACGUAUUUAGUUGUAUGUAUUGCGAAGUUGGAAGCUUUGGGAUCAAGAGGGUGGUUGAUUCGUAGGGCUUUAAGUUAAGUUAGCGGUUAAUUCAAACUUAAUACAAUUUGGGGUUGUUGCCGCACUUGCCUUAUUCGCAAAUGGCAGAAGACGGCUUGCGUAUUGGCGGGCUUUCUUCUGGAUUGGCUGUGGUAUUGAACGACAAGGAGAAGGGAGGGAGUUCUCAAAAGAAUCGUCUAGUUUCGUAUUGUAAUGAUUUUGGCGACCAGUCUGUGGAGAGAACUCUUGAACACAUUUUCGAUCUCCCUUACAAAACAAUUAAUCCACUGACAUCUCCAAUUGACUCUAGUUUCGUUCGAUCAAUUAUCCGGAAUGAACUCUUGAAGUAUCAUGUGAAUUUGGACACUGGUGUCAGAAAUUCAGAUGGAGCCUUCACUGCCGGCGAUGGUUGUGGACACCUUGUAGCAAUUGAAGAAUCGAGCAUAUGUGGUGAUAUUCGAGUUGUCAAACCACCUCUUCUUUUGGAAAGCCAUGCUAUGUUCAGUAGUGCAAGGGCCAAUUUCUGCGUAUGGAAAGAAAAAUGGAUGUAUGAAGUGAUUCUUGAAACUUCUGGUAUUCAACAGCUUGGAUGGGCAACUGUUUCUUGCCCAUUCAGUGAUCAUAAGGGUGUGGGAGAUGCUGAUGAUUCUUACGCAUAUGACGGCAAAAGGGAACGUAAAUGGAAUAAAGAAGCUGAGCCGUACGGUCAGUCCUGGGUUGUUGGCGAUGUCAUUGGAUGUUGCAUAGAUUUGGACCGUGAUGAGAUCUCAUUCUAUAGGAACGGUUUCCCACUUGGAGUAGCCUUUAGUGGAAUUCGCAAGAUGGUACCUGGACUGGGAUAUUAUCCUGCCAUUUCACUUUCUCAAGGAGAGCGGUGUGAGAUAAAUUUUGGUGGCCGCUCCUUUCAAUAUCCAAUUGAUGGUUUUGUUCCAAUUCAAUCUCCACCAUCUUCAAGCUACGUUGCCACUAAAUUGCUGAAUUGCUUAUCGAGGUUGUUGGAGAUGCAACGAGUGGAGAGGUCAAAAAUCAGUUCUGUUGAGAAAUUGAGAAGAUUGAAGAGGUUUGUGCCAGUUGAAAAGCUUUUUCACCCAGUCUCUGAUGGGAUAUGCGAGGAGUUUUUCUCUGCACUUGAUGCGGUAGAGGGGAGCACAGAGUACAUGGGGUGGGGUCCGCUCUUGUCACUCCUAAUGGAAGUUUUUGGGGCGCAUCCACCUCAUGAUUAUGCAAGUUUGGAUAGGGUGAUUGAUCUGUUAUUAGGCUUUCAAAGUUCGACACCGAUGUUUGAACACAUCAUGAAUGCCCUCUCAUGUGGUUGUAAAACAGCGUCACUUGUUCUUACGGAAUGCCCAUACUCGGGGUCAUAUCCCUAUCUUGCAUUGGCAUGUCACAUUCUAAGAAGGCAUGAAUUGAUGGUGCUCUGGUGGAAAUCGUCAGAUUUUGAGUUCUUGUUUGAAGGAUUCCUAUCGAGGAAGACUCCGAAUGAGCAGGAUCUUCAUCGUCUGAUGCCUUCUGUUUGUUGGCCUGGUUCAUGUGAGGACAUAUCCCAUGAGAAUAGCAUGAUGCUUACCACAACAGCCUUAUCUGAAGCAGUCUGUAAGAUUGAGGAGAAGCACAGGGACCUUUGUUGCUUAGUCAUGCAGUUCAUACCACCAACAAUGCCUCCUCAGUUGCCUGGUUCAGUUUUUAGGACAUUUUUGCAAAACCUUCUGUUGAAAAACCGAGGAGCAGAUCGUAACCUGCCCCCUCCAGGGGUUUCAAGCAACUCUGUUCUUGUUUCGUUGUUCACAGUUAUACUUCAUUUUCUGUCAGAAGGGUUUUCUAUGGGAGAUCUAUCUGGCUGGAUGAAAGCAUGUGGAACCAAUGCGGGACAUGGCGUUGGUUUCCUGCACAGGGGUGGCCAACAAAGCUUUCCCCUAGGGUUGUUUCUCAAAGAUGAUCCCCAUCGAGUCGACAUUUCUCGUUUUGGAGGAUCAUUCAGUCAUCUCGCAAAAUGUCAUCCUGUAAGUGAUGACCAGGAAGCAGAACUAAUUCGGUGGGAGGAAGGAUGUAUGGAUGAAGAAGAAACUAGAGUAACACAUUCUAGUAGGCAGAAGCCAUGCUGUUGCUCUGGUUAUGACGUUGAUUUUUCAAGAAUUUCUCAGAAACUAAUCAGUUACAGAGCUAAAGGUUCUCAAGGCCAUUCUAGCUCUAUUCCAGAGAGAUCUGCUCAUGUUGCCACAGAAUGCAGUACAGGAAAUCUGAAUGAGAUAACAGAGAAACCCAGCACAAGUGACCAAUCUGAAUCCGAAUUUGGUUAUUGGCGAGUGCAGCAAAUGAGGAUCAUGCCAAUGGAGAGUAAUUUGUCUUCGGCAACACUAAAAGAAGAGGAGCUUCUAGAUGCUAUGCUUUUGUUGUAUCAUCUGGGUCUUGCUCCAAACUUUAAGCAGGCAUCAUCUUACAUGUCUCGUCAGUCACAGUCAAUAUCACUACUCGAAGAAACUGAUAGACAAAUACGAGAACGAGCUUGUGGAGAGCAACUAAAGCGCUUGAAGGAAGCUCGUGGUGUUUAUCGAGAAGAAGUUAUGGAUUGUGUCAGAAAUUGUGCAUGGUAUCGUAUCUCUUUGUUUUCUCAGUGGAAGCAAAGAGGAAUGUAUGCAGCAUGCAUGUGGAUUGUUCAAUUGCUUCUGGUUGUGAGCAAAGUGGAUUCGGUGUUCCUCUAUAUUCCGGAAUUUUACCUGGAAACUCUGGUUACUUUUGUUGUUACCCACUUCAAUGAUCCGAGGAUAUCAAGUGCUGAACUGAGGGAUCUUCUUCUCCAAUCUAUUUCAGUCCUGGUACAGUACAAGGAGUUUUUGGCUGCUUUUGAGAACAAUGAAGCAGCCACCCAGGAGAUGCCAAAAGCCUUGUUGUCCGCAUUUGAUAAUAGAUCGUGGAUUCCUGUGACGAAUAUACUUUUGCGAUUGUGCAAGGGUUCAGGCUUUGGUUCUUCAAGACAUGGAGAAUCAUCCUCAUCCUCAUUUGUUUUUCAGAGAUUGCUGCGAGAGGCUUGUGUCCUUGAUGAAGAAUUAUUCUCAUCGUUCCUCAAUCGCCUAUUUAACACCCUCAGCUGGGCAAUGACUGAAUUCUCAGUUUCAGUUCGAGAAAUGCAAGAGAAGUACAAGGUUUUGGAGUUUCAACAAAGGAAAUGCAGCUUCAUAUUUGACCUGUCGUGCAAUCUUGCAAGGGUACUUGAGUUUUGUACGCGUGAGAUUCCUCAAGCAUUCCUGUCAGGAGCAGAUACAAACCUACGAAGACUCACUGAGUUCAUUGUGUUUAUUCUAAGCCAAGUCAACUCAUCAGAUGAUCCUGAGUUUUUUGAACUGUCACUAAGGCGGCAUGGUCAAUCACCAGAGAGAGUGAACAGAGGCAUGAUAUUGGCACCACUUGCUGGCAUGAUCUUGAAUUUGAUGGAUGCUAGUACAGAGACAGAAUGCAGCGAGCAGAAUGAUGUUGUGGGGGUAUUUGCAAGUAUGGACUGCCCUGAUACUGUUCUAUGCGGUUUCCAGUGUCUUUUGGAAUACAAUUGGGCUGGAUCCUUCAGAGGAGAUGCUUACGCUAUAAAACUGAGGCAACUGGAGCAACUGUCAGCCCUACUAAUUAGACGAACCGAGUCGAGGCAAAUUGAGAGGGUGAAAUAUGAAGGAGAUGUAGAUUUUAAUGAUAGCGAGUGCUGCAUCUGCUAUGCGUGUGAAGCCGAUGCCCAGUUCAUACCGUGUUCCCAUACGUCUUGUUUUGGCUGCAUUUCUCGGCAUCUCCUUAAUUGUGAGAGAUGUUUCUUUUGCAAUGCAACUGUACUGGAGGUCGUCAGGACUGGCUUGAGGAAGGCUUGAAAAAUGUGGUGAUUUUCUCGCCUUAUUAUCGCCUUUUGUGGAGCUCCUUGGCGAUCAAGCGAUGGUCGGGGUCUAAUUUUUGAAGGUGGGGUCUAAUUUUUGAAGGUGGUUAGCGUAUCUCAAAUUUGAGAUCAGAUCAGGAAACUAUUCAAAGAAUGGUUUUAUUCUUAGCAGCAGCAGCUAGAGAGACAGUUACAGUGUAUUAUUGUGUAUAUGUAUUUGGGAGGUAAAUUAGUGGUGUAGGAAGAAGGUUUGCUGAGGACUUGGAACGAAGAAUUUUGCAGGGGAAUAGCAUUAUUUUGUAAAUAUGAGAUGUAAAUGGAAGGGGUUUUUCUUUUGAGACUC